CUGCGCGCUGGGGCUCGCGGGCCCUGCGGCACCUCUGCCCUGGCAGCUGAGUUCGGGCGCCGUUCGGGGUCUUGGCGGGGAGGCGGAGCCGGGGCUGGCGAGUGGACGCGUCCUCCUUGCCCUGUGUCGCUCUUCCCUGGGUUGGGCUUUUGCGUUACAUUGCAACGCAGCGCCCUUUGCCGUGCAUUUCCCUAGCGGCGCUCGGUGACCGCAUCCGCCAGCCCGGCGUCCGGGAGCGCAGCCGCAGCCCGCAGGCAGGCCGAGGGGAUGACUUCCUCCCGGGCAGCUCCGUGCGCUCGCGGGUGCGGGCCGGGCGCGCUCUCCCGGGGAGGCGUAGCGCGCCGCCGGAGAGCACGGUCCUCGAGGCCCGGAGUUGAGCCGCAAGCUUUCGGGGAAUGGUUUCCGUGAAAGCAAUUCGUUUGACCAAAGUCAGCACCCCCUCCUUUUUGUGGAAGUCUUUGGAGAACAUACAGAACAGAUAAAGAGCAAAAAGAGCUUUAAAGUUGAUGCUGACCUGGAAGUGACAGUGCUCCUGCCUCUGCCUCCUGAAAAGGCAGCAGCACCACACCUGCUAUCCUGCUGCCAUCAAACUGCCACCUAUGCCUGGCGUAUUGUCAGGGCUUUCCAGAUGGUUAAGACCACCACCCUCCAAGAGAUCGCAUUUCUUUCAGGACUGUUGACCAACCUUUGCACCACUUGACGAGUGCUUGGACUAUGCAGUCUCAUCUACAGUGAGUCACAAACCACAGUGUGCACAGAGGACACAUAAUGGACAAUUAGCCACCCUUCUCUAAGUUAAGGUUCAUGACAUUCAGAGCACCACAGUGCUCCUCUAUCAGAUCAGCUAUGAACUGGAAUACGAAACCUCCGUCAUACUCGAAAAGUCAGUCAUCUUUGUUGCAUAAGUGGUUAAGGAACCAACUCAGUCCGGUGACUCAGAGUUCUUUCAGCUCUCCUGGAAGUUCACAGGAGCCAUGCAUGUAUUCCAGUGAGUCACAUCCAGCCUCGCAGCCACUGCUGAAUAUCCCAAAUUAUACAACUCAAAUCUUCGAUACUAAUAUGCAGAACAGGAUCCCUGUGUCCCCACAAACUUCUCUUGAACAAAGAACUUAUACAAAUGUUUCUGGACCCCAACUCCCAAAUCUUAAUUUGCAAAAGUCAACUGGCAUUAUGCACAAUGUAUGGUUGAACUUGCCCAUUACAAAUUCUCUGCCUUAUUCAGAGGUAGCUGUAGCUCAUCAAACUAACUUGGGAACUAAAAUGCCUAAUGUCCACACCCUACAGGGUCACAUUGUCCCAGCAGAAAGUUAUACUGCGCAACUGCAAAUGGCUCCUUCAAGUUCUCUAAGAAGUUCUGUAUCUGUUCAAGGAAAUGAGAGAAUGAACCCUUCGCUAUUAGAUGCACAGCAGUAUAUGUCUCCUGAGCUGGCAUACCCAGAUUACAGGCCACUUACAAAGCAGUACUCCCAUUCCACUCCACAGGCCGUAGUACAAGAACCCAGUAUUCAGAAACCAACCUCUAUGCCAUCUACAUCAUUGCAAGUUCAAAACAGCCUGCUUCCAGUUCCUACACAGACUAUACAGCCAAUGGAGACUGUAGCUAUAACAACCUACCAGUGUACUGCAGAGAAAAGACCCCUGCCCCCACCCUACCACCGUCAUUACAGAAUCCAGCCUCUUCCUAGAGCUCAGCCUGUUAAUAAACAAUUGUCCUCAGUGGACGUCUCCCCAAAUCCAGACGUUGCCUCCUAUGGAAAUGGGAAAGACUUCUGUAAAGGCCUUCCUCAGCAAUGGCAAAGCACUAAUGAAAAUAGACACACACAUGAGAAAUUAUAUAAUUGGCAAGAAAACAUCAAUGUCAAGCAGCCUUUUAAUGAGCCAGUUGAAUCUGUGGUUAGUAUGCAGACGUUCCCUGCAAGUAAUCAAGGGCGAAUGGAUUCUUACAUCCCAACUUCAGGUCAAAUAUUGAACUCCAAUGAUGUCACAAAAGAAAAAAUCGUGCGGGAUCUUAAAUCACUGGUAGAAAUAAAAAAGAAGUUUUCAGAACUUGCAAGGAAAAUUAAAAUUAAUAAACAUCUUUUGAAGGCAGCAAGUAGUAAAACUGAGAAUACCAUGUACACUGGGCCACCUCGGCCUUCUGAAUUGUCUGCCAGAGCCAUGCCUGCUAAAAGUGACGGCAACUGUUCCAUGGAACUGCUAGCCACGUGCCUUUCUCUUUGGCAAAAGUCACCUGCACAAGCAACAGAUGAAAGUGCUUCAAAGCUUUCCAUGGAAAGCCAGAGUGUUGUAUCCACAACAAGCACAGCAGUUGCAGUCUCCGAGCCUGUGAAAGAAGUUCCUGGGAAGAGGCUUGCUUUGGUUGAGGGAAAUUCUCACAACAAAAUGACCAGCCCUUCCCAAGUGACAGCUUUGUCCUUGGUCAUAACCCCGAGCUUUGAGUCCCCUGCUGUAAACACAAAGGGAACAGAACCUCAGGUUGCAGUGGUUUCACCCUUAAUUCUUAGUCAGGACAAAAACUUGUCUGUCAGAGGAGUGGCACUGGAAUCCCCAAGUGAGCCAGUCUAUCCAAUUAUUAAAGAAGGAAGUAUCUGUAGCUUACAAGAUCAACUAGCACAGAAUACAAGAAUACCUGCUGUUACACAUGUUGAUGUGAGUGGUUCAGGCUCAAGUGGAUUGAGCAGACAUUUCUCACUUGAGAAGGAAAAGCAGAAUGAAACAGGUAGUGGGAAUUCACAAGACCCACCUAAUACUGAUGUGAGUAAACUCUCACAAAUUGAGAAGGAAAAGCAGAAUGAACCAGGUAUUGCAAAUUCAGGAGACCCACUCAAUGCUGAUUUGAGGAAACUUCUUUCAUUUAUUGAGAUGGAAAAGCAGAAUGAGCAAGGUAUUGGGAAUUCAAAAGAACAACUUAAAGCCGAUCUAGGAAAGCAGUCUCCUAUGGGUGAUCAGCAGACUUUGUGUAAAUCAAAGCACAGUUCUUUUGUGAGUUGUGAUAUGUUACAGAUUGGAAAUAUUUGUUCUCUUGUUGAAGGUAAUGUAGCUUAUGAUUCCCAAAUAGCAAGCAUUUUCAAAUCUUCCCAUUUGAAAAAGAUUGAGGCACAUGAAAUUUCUCCAUCCUGUCCACAAAUAAUCAGUUGUGAACAGCAAAAAGUACAUCAUGCCUGUGAGAAGAAAAACUUUGAUUCCCAAAAAGAGCAGUUUGUACCCAGCUCAGAUAAUCUUCAUCAAAUAACUGACCAAUCAGAGUCUCAAGAGCCAUCACCUGGUCAGAAUGGUGAUGCAAACAGAAAAGCUGAAGCAAAAAGCGUGGACUGUACUACUCAAGAAGGCCCACCUCAGGACACGUGUUACUCAUCUAUUCAGCCAAAUACUUCCCAGGAAACCCUUCUGUCUGGCAGUAAUAUUGCCAAAGAUCCCACAAUACACGAGAGUUUCGAUGAUUCUGUCUUGUACCUGCAAGACCAACUAUCUGAACUUUUAAAAGAGUUUCCCUAUGGCAUUGAAGCCAUGAACACACACAAAGGGUUUGUGGACCAACAAAAGACAGCACAAGUCUCAGACAAUCAAAAUGGCAGUAAAAUGGCCUCUUGCCCUAAGGAGUCUACAGAUCAAAUACAGAUAACCAUAUUAAGCUCAGAGCAGAUGAAAGAGAUAUUUCCUGAAGAACAAGGUCAACUUUGUGUAGUUGAAAAGUUAGAAGAACCUCAGAAAGAAAAAUCUUUAUCACAGGCAGAGAACCAAUGUGCCUCAGCAGCACCCAUGGGAGAAAACAGUUGUGAAGAUAGGAUGAACAAAUUAGAAGAAGACAAAGUCCACUGCUGUGCCCUUGGCUGGCUCUCAGAGCUUUAUGAGGGAGUGCCCCAUUGUCAAUGUAAAGACAGUGAUAACCGCACUAAACAGGAAGAUGAGGGGAAAGGGCAGUGUUCACCUUCAGAAAUUAGCACCUGUAAAGAAGGGGAGAGGGCCCCUGAUGAAGACGUCACUAUUAUUGAAUGUAUUAGUGUUUCAAAUAAGUCUGAGACUCCUCUCACUCCAAAGCCUCAGAAAAGUCAUCUUCUUGAAUUACUCAGCAACGGACAAAAAGACACAUCCAGAAUAAAAAAGAGCCCACAGAGGGCAGCAAAAGAAUUAACUCAUCACAUUUCUUCCAGGUGUGAUGGUGACAAUCAAAAGCAUGCAACAAAGAAACAGUACAACUCAGUAAAGAUGAGACCAGAAAGGACUGAUAACUCUUCAUCUAAAGAUGACAAAUUAGAUCCCUUGCAAGGUCAGACAAGAAAAGUAAAAUGGAAAUUCCAUGACAGCACUGUUGACAUUCAUGGUAAAGUGAUAAGCUGUAAUCGGCCAGGUUUGCAGGAAAAACUACCAAAGAACCACACCCCACAAGCUUCACAGACAGCUCCCACCCUGAGUGAUCCACAGAAAACAAACAGUUCCUCGGUGCAAUCCACAGCACCAUCACAAAAAUUAAAGUUCCGUGCUGGUGGUUCUAAAGUAAAAUAUCUGGAGAAGAGGAAGUUAAACCCAGGAAGCACAUCGGAGCUGGAAAGAAAGAAAAAAAAAGUGGAUCACCAGGAGCAUGGCCAUAAUGUGGAAAGUUCACCAAAAUUAGGUAAUGUUUUAUCAAGCCAAAACAAAAAGGCAAGUGAGCAAGAAAAGGUGGAAUCCAAUCCGGUGUCCUCCAAAAGUAGAGUCAUCACAGUGCAGGAGUAUUUGAAAAGGCAGAAACAGAAGCAGAUGAUGGAGGGUAAGUCCUCCAAGAAAACCUGUGUGGAAGGCGCACCAUCUGAUCCUCAAGCUUCGAGGUCCAGUAAAUGCUCCAUGCAAGAUGGGGGCAGUGGGAAACCAAAUGAGAUUUGUGACAGUCUUUCCAAAGAGCCUCUCAACAUUUUGCCAAGUCAGGAUAACAUUAAGAUCCACCAUCCCCCUAAGGAGUUGAAAAGACAAAUCUCAAGAAAUGUAAAAGAAAAAGUUGCUGGGAAGGAGUUCGACAAAACAUGUCUUGAUAAAAAUAAAUCAGAAAAUACCUUGAGCAUUAGAAGUAAGGAAGCAAGGGCCAUCCCAAGGACUCUGCAAGUAAAGGAUCGGGGGAAAAACUACCUGAACCGCGUGGCGUAUAAUUGCACAGAGGGAGAAAGCAUUUGUCUCACCAAAUUGGACAGCCUGACACAGAAACACCCUAAAGACAAGCUGAAUCAGGAACCCAAACCAAAGGCUCCCUUUCCUGAAAAAUCUAGCGUGUUGGAGUUUAAAUUAGGCCCAGAUUUGCUGUUAAAGAAUACAAGCUCUGCUGAGGAACACAAAGACUUGAAUGCCUGUCCCAGGAAAGAGCAGGCCCCUGUGCAAGGAAUAAAAAGUACAAAAGAAGACUGGUUAAAAUGUGGAAUGACAAGGAAAAGGAUGGAAGAAAACCAUCGAGAGAUAGACAAAGCUAAGUCAAAAAUAUGCAAGAGAAGCUUCAGUGCAGAUGGAUCUGAGACACGGGAAAACCCAGGGAAAGAUUCAUCCAAGGCAGUGUUCCAGACCUACAAGCAGAUGUACCUGGAAAAGAGAAGCAAGAGCCUUGGGGACAGUCCGGUGAAAUGACCUGAACACAUGUUUCUGGAUUGGUUGACAUUUUCUGUUUGGAAUCCUUUUGCUGGACAAUAACUCUCAGGAUGGCCACAAUCAAAAAAUCUCAGCAGAGACUUCAGUGAACACUUAGGCCAUGUGCUUCAUUGAAAACCACUGCAGUAGAAUAGCACAACUAUCAACAAACACAGGAAGAUAUUUGUCAAGGCAAGCCAUAAGUUAGUUGACAUCCUUCUACAUAGCUGACGUGUGUUCAGCUGUUAGUUUAUUACUUUAUGAAGAUGGCUCUUACAGUCUGUCAGGCCCAAGUGAACAUUGCGAGGCCAUUGAGGACUUGUUUAUUUAACGAGGACUGUAAAUGUAUUUUUGUUAAUAAGCUACAUUAGCAAAACUUAUUUUUCUGCAGUACCAACUAUGAAUGUCAAAGUAUGUAUAUUAAAUAUUUUAUGACUAAUUGUAGAGGGUUUUUUUAAUCCUAGAUAUCUUCUUUUUGUACUUUGUCACCCAAUUUUGGGUUAUGCCUUGACAUUAUUUUUCAUACUUGAAAAUAAACAUUUAUUUUUUGACAAA